AUGUUUCGCCUACCCGCCUUCGCCACUCGCGCAGCUGCGGCCCCGGCCGUGUGCGCAGGCAUCAUGGCGGUGUCCGCCGCCAAGCGACAGUACCGCAUCAUCCCGCACCUCUACAGCGAAAUCGAAGAACUCGCGGAGACGCAGCGGCGCGGUCGCUGGUCGAUCUCGCACCGCAACUGCCUGCAGCAGCCGCUGAAGAAGGCGGAGAUUAUGUGCGACAAGUUGAACCUGCGCGAAGGUCGUCGCAGCGGCGUGCUGCCGGAGAAGUCCAUCGCGCGCCGGUUGAGUCAGAAAUACGCUGUGGACGGCAAGGUGUACGAGAGUAAGUCGAAGACAAAGCUCAUCAACAUCACCGUCGUCAACUUCGACGGUCAUCCGUUCCACUUCCGCACGUACCCGAUGCCGGAUGUCACGCUCAACACGCUCAUUGACGGCUCGGGCAUGUGCCACGGCCACGCCACGCACUGGGGCAAGUGCAACAACCCCGACUGCUCCGACUGGAACCACGGCGAUGGGUGCAUGGUGAACGUGGAUAUCGAGACGCUAGACCGACUCCUGCCCCCCAACCGGUGGGAGUACACGUCACUGACAGCGUGGCGCGCGACGGACAGGCCGGACAUCACCUUUAACACCCGCUUCAGCUGCCAGAUCCCGAUCACGGAGGAGCUCGACGGGGCUGUGUUUGCGCUGAAGCAGCUGUGGACGCGUGCCCUGCGCGAGUCUGUCUCCGACUGGGGUCUGGUGGACGACCAAGCGACGAUCUACAGUGCUCGCAGCAAGAGGAUCGAGCCCUGGGCGCCGAUCCUCGAGGAGCCGACGAAGGUGGACUUUCCCAUCACGUGGGACAUGCUGUGGGCGACCGGCUACCAGGACAUCAUGAAGGAGAAGUACUCGAACUUCCGUCGCAAGGACGGCUUCCACACAAAGCCCGAGAUGUGGGCCGCGUACGUGUGA